AAGGCCUGGAUUUUCGACUCAAACGGAUCGCGUGUUUUCUGCCGAUCGGACGUGAAUCAGUCUAUUCAGUGCCACCUCCGUCCCCAGCAUCCAAAAAACCCAACAUGAAGUUCAUGCAGUGGGUGAAAGUAGUGCUCUGCCUGGUCCUCGGAGGACUCAGCACCUACCUGUUUGUGCUGUCCAUCGGGGUGGACUACCCUAUCCUGGUGGCGGAGCAGCACGUCCGCUUCCGCCAGGAGAUGCCCACCAUGGACAGCUGGAUAAACUCCCCGUUCGGGGUGUUGAAGAGCUUCGUCUUCAACGUGACCAAUGCCGCCGAGUUCGCUAGCGGCCGGGACAAGCGGCUGAAGAUCCAGGAGAUCGGGCCCAUCAGCUACAAGGUCGUGGGCUACAACGACAUCCUGGAGCGGAACGAGACGCACGUCACGUAUUCAAAGCACCGCUACCGUGUAGUGGAGUUCCUGCCCGAGGAGAGUGUGGCUCCCGAUGUGCUCACUUGGAAUAUUACGGCCGUGAACUCCGUACUCUUGGGGGCAGCCGCGAAGCUAAAGCCAAUGAUGCCCUUUGGCUACGAUCUCAUCCUUAUGAAUGAGAAGGAGUUCCUUACCAACACAAUCCACUGGUUCCUCUGGGAGCUGACGGGUGACUUUCUCAAAGGUGUCUCCAUGGUGUCUACGUUGUCCGCCAAUGUGGCGGUGCUGCACAAUGCUCUCAAGGACAAGGAGGAGGUCUACACGGUGAAGAUUGGACCGGAACAGGGUCUCGAGAACUUCUUCCGCGUCGAAACCCUCAAUGGCCAGCAGAUCAUCCGAGAGCAAUGGGAGCGUUUGCGCGAAUUCGACUCAUCCGAGUGCCCCUACAAUGUGACUGGAGCCCUGGACAACUCCCUGUACCCGCCCUUUGUACAGCCGGACACACCUCUGGAGAUCGUGGCCGCGGAGUCCUGCCGCGUCCUUCCCCUUACCUACGUGGGCACUGAGAAAUUCGAAGCCUUCGACACUUACCGCUUCACACUGCUGCAGGAGCACCAGAAGCCGCCGCCAUGUCUGGCCAAGAGCUUCGCCUACCAGCUGCCUGACGGCAUGUUCGACGUCUCUAAGUGUGUGAUAAACGGCGCCCCAUCGGCCUUCUCGAUGCCGCACUUCUACGGAAGCAGCUACAACUGGAGCGACCACUACGAGGGCUACACGCCCAACAUGGAAAAGCACCAGCCCUACAUCCUGCUGGAGCCCGUCACGGGCAUUCCGGUGUCGGAAAAGUACCGUUUCCAAUCCAACAUCCCAGUUCCGGAUCUCACUUUUGGCGGCCGCCUGAAGAAGUACAGUAACAUGAUGCUCCCCAGUUUCUGGUAUGAGUUUGAUAUGGGUGAGCUGCCGGGAUUCGUGAAGUGCCUUAUGUGGAUCAACGUGAACGUGGUGCCUCACAUGCAGCCCUGGUGCAUGGCGUUCCUGCUGCUUCUGGCCUUGUGGAGCGCCCUCAAGGCCAUCCGGGUGAUCUGGGGCGACCUCAGUUACGUGGAGUUCUACCGCAAGGUCUGCGGCGACGGCACCAGCAACGUCAUGCUUGAGACGAAGUUCCAGCCCACCACCCCCGUCCCUGCGCCACCCGGGCAGCUCAGCGAUCUGGCUGUCAAAUAGUGCCUGUCUGGCGGAAUAGUUCCUAGACCAGACCGUGUAUAUACUUAUGUAUGACAUAGACUUAGGCUAGAAGGUGCCACUACUGCCGAUGCACUAUCAGCGGAGUGGUUGCGUAAUAUACGAUUAAGUUGAAAA